AUGCCUUCCUUUCCAUCUAGACCUCUAGUCCGGCCCAGGGACAAUGGUCUACAGCUAAGCUAUCAACUUCCUCACCGUGUUUACGCCGCGAAAGGCUACCCCGUCCUCGCCCCAAAUGGGUCCUCAGUCAUCGUGUAUGGCUAUGAGAAUGGCCUGAAAGUCGUUUGGAGAGGAGGGAAAGCGUUCGGUCCGCUCAAACAACCCGUCGAAAGCCACAAGCCGCAGCAGGUCAACGGUAGCGCGGACGAUGCGGUCAUGAUCAUUGAUUCCGAUGAGGAAGACGUUGUUGAACCUCCCAAAAGCGAAUCUCCCACUUUUGAGUUCGAGGAUGAAGAACCAGAGGUCGAUCCUGCCCACCCAUACGAAGGGGUCCUGCGUGAAGUCGAUAUUCCCCUGGCAAGCAGGGUUCUCGAGUUGGCCGUGCCUCACAUUUCCCCUGGGGCCGCACGCUCGUCACUCGACCCUUUUCCUCCAGUCCUGAAUGAUACCAUUGUCAUCGCCGCCGUUUGCGCCGACUACUCGACUCGGAUUGUGGCUUUGCCUUUGGCCCCUCCUCAUCCCUCCAAAACCGAUGUCGCCUCGUGGGUUCAGACGCUCUCGAUCAGCGGAGGCGUAUCGCAUCAAGAGAUCCCCCGUGGAGUGAGCAUCACUUUCACUUAUCAGGAAACCGAGCAGACCGAUGAAUUGCCCAGGACUCGAAGCCGUGCAGCAUCUCGAUCCAAAGAGACAGGCAGGUGGGAUCUUCUUGUGGCGACUCAUUCCGCGGAAUCGUCUGGUCUGCUUAUAUUACAUCGCAUCCACAUUGCGGAAGGAUCAGGAGCUCACCGAUUCCUUGAUGACGAGAUUGAGACCAAACGUCGCUACCUCCCGACCCCGGCCAAGAGCAUCUCGUUCAACCCAUCCUCUUAUCCAUCCCCUCGACACUCGACAUUGCUUGUUGCGUUCCACAACGGGUGUGUCAAGAUCUAUAACUGCUUUUCCACAAGACCUUCCAGGGCCUCGCGACGAUCUUCUGGUCCUCAGAGCGACUUUGAAACGUCCGAGACGGAAGGCAAGUGGCUUAUCACUCUCUACCCUGGUUUUGAGGCGUCCUCCGCGCAGCGCAAAACAAUCAUCCAUGCGGAAUGGGUGCUUGGAGGGCGUGCUGUGAUGGUCCUCAUGGCCGACGGCGAAUGGGGAGUAUGGGAUAUCGAAGGAGCGGGUCCAGGCACCGCCAAGGGACCUCUCCAGCGCCAGUCCAGCGUCCAGGGGGUAACAGGCGGCUCUCUGACUGCCUUUUCGGUCAGCGGCCGUAUUCUGAGUCCGCUCCCCGGGGGCAGUCGAGCUGAGGCAAGCGGAUCUUUUGUUGAACAGAGACCGAAAUUUGCGCCGUUGACUCCGUCCACGAAACGUGUGCGGGAAGAUACACUACUGAAGGGCGCCACUGUCGGCUCGACCAACCCGUCGUUAUGUGGCGAGAUCUCAGUUUAUCAGACCAAUUCCUAUCGGGAUUCUCUCCCCGACGAAUCAAUCCUACUACGCCAUGGCAACCAAGCUGCGGCAAUUCCCAGUCUCCUGUCGCUAUGGCGGAAUGCCGUGAAGACCACGGGGACUUUUGACGCGUCUAACCGCUGCCGAGUCUCUGCCAUUCAGGACAUUGUCUUGAUGGGUGAACAUUUGAAGGGCAUCGGACAUCUCCCUGCUGCCUCCCGCCAAAGCCGUGAUGCCCAAGGUGACAGCUUCGAUAUUCUUAUCACCGCCGAACACAGGAUCAUGAUAGUCGCUCCCAAGCUGAGAGAACCUGAACCAGCCCCCAUCUCUCGGCUAUCAACAAGUCAGACACCAACCACAGAGACUGAUCAAGUCAUGCUUCGACGGGGCGAGCUUGACGUGGAGGGAAUGGACCGGCUUCUAAGCGGCAUGACGGGUGGCAAUCGGUCUUUGCGCAUCGGAAGUCCCACCAAGCGGACGCGGAUCUUUUCAUAG